UUUUCUUCUCCUUUUUAUCAUCCAUCAAAAUUCAUCCUCCCUAUUUCCUCUAGUUCCUUUCUUCUACUUCUUCCUCUCCCCAAAAUCACUAAUUUUACUAUAAAAUUAGUUCGGUGAUUAAAAAAAUAGUCUCUAUUGAGGUGUUUGGGGUGAUCAAGAAUAUUGAAGAAAAUGGGGAAUGAUUUGUUGGCAUUUGUAGUAAUGGUGAUUGUGCAAUUAGCGUUUGCUGGAAUGAUUAUAAUAACAAAGCUAGUUAUGGACGGUGGCAUGAAUCCUUUCGUUCAGUCAGCAUACAGACCUAUUUUUGCCACCAUCUCCAUUGCUCCCUUUGCUUUCUUCUUGGAGAGGAAAUCAAGACCCAAAUUGACUCGCUCUAUUCUUUUCCAAAUAUUUUUGUGUUCUAUUUUCGGGAUCACAGUGAACCAAUAUGUAUAUUUCAUAGGGUUAAAGAAUUCAACUCCAACAGUUGUUUCCGCAAUUGAUAAUCUAAUCCCAGCUUUCACGUUUCUCAUAGCCGUACCCAUGGGGGCUGAAAAAUUGGGGUUGAGAAAUAUAGCAGGACAAGCCAAGUUAUUGGGGACGAUAAUAUGUGUGGGAGGUGCUAUGGUAUUGUCAUUAUAUCAUGGCAAAGUGGUGAUUGGUCAAUUAGGGUUUCACUGGAAAUAUGCAGAAAGUACGGGCAAAGAUGUUAAUUCUUCUGGCCAUGGCAACUUUUUUACUGGACCUUUUCUAGUCAUAAUGAGCAGUCUCACUUAUGCUAUUUGGUUAAUCAUUCAGGGAAAGGUAAACGAGAAGUAUGCAGCUCCAUAUACAUGCAUAACGUUGAUGUGCUUAAUGGCAAGUGUGGAGAGCGUGAUUAUUGGCUUUUGCGUCGUCCCAAAACUUUCUGAAUGGGCUUUAAACCCCAUUAGAGCUAUCUCAGUUGUUUAUAACGGAGUUGUGUGUACGUCAUUUGCAUAUUUUCUGAGCUCGUGGUGCAUCGAAAGAAAAGGUCCUUUAUAUGUCUCGAUGUUCAACCCAUUGCUGUUGGUUAUUUCUGCAUUUCUCAGUUGGACUUUGCUUCGUGAGAAAUUGUACCUUGGAGUAGUUGUAGGGUCUAUCAUAAUUGUGGUUGGGCUUUACGGCUUUCUCUGGGGACAAAAAAUGGAGACAAGUACAGACGACGAUAUUGAGGUGAUGAUAAAUAAAGAGAAGAAUCAGUCCACUAAAUUUGAUUUGGAAUUGCAAUUACCUCAAAAUCCCAGCUUCAACGGUCAUCCUUCAGCUGCCAAAACUGAACUAUGACGGGGCAAAUAUGUAUUUAUUACUACAACUAUUGGACUUAUAAUAUGAAAUUAAUCUCUUGCAAUUUGUGCAUAAGAUUAUUUAUAUCUUACAAUAUAUGAAAACCAUUUACCUUUCA